AUGACCAUGGCAAGCAGACGUCGACGACAAUAUGACAAAGAAAUGCAGGAGAAAUUUUAUGUUUACAAUCGAGAACUUGAAGAGGCCCGUCGACUUGCCUCGGCAUCCGCGACAUCUCAGACAUCAACCAACAGGCACAAACACACUUCGUUCACUCAGACCCAGGAUACGACUGGCAGUAGACUAUCUGCACGAGUCGAAUUUUUUGAAGCUUCAGCAUCCGCAAGCACGGAACAUCAAGUUUUACCUGAUCAUGAACCUCAAUCUUUCGAUGACUCCAAUUUCAACAUUGUGGAUGGUGCGCAUGACACCUACUCAGAAGAUACCAACAUCGAGCGUAUUAGAAAGCGAAAACGCACUGCAGGGGAUUAUCCACUUGCAUCAUGGCUUCCAGAACGAGACGCAUUUAUCCUGGAGAUGUUAAGAUUGGAAGGACGCGGAGACUUCAUGACUCAAGCCAUUUGCCAUGGAUGUUAUGGCUGCGCUUUGCCUGCUGAAUUUCGUUGCGAGGAUUGUUUUGGCACCGAGCUAUACUGUCAGCCAUGCACCUUGGAGAGGCACCAUGAGCAUCCAUUGCACAGGAUUAAGCAUUGGAAGGACGCGUUUUUUCACGAUGUCACUCUCAAAUCUCUCGGACUGCGAAUUCAACUGGGACACCCCACCCAAGAGCGCUGCUACAACCCAGCUGCUUGCCAAGAUUUCGUUGUACUCCACGUGAAUGGUGUUCAUGAAGUCGCUUUAGACUUCUGCGGGUGCGAGACUGCUCAAAGUCCCACCACCCAGCUGCUUCGCAUUCGAUGGUUCCCUGCAACAGUCCUAGAGCCGAAAACCGCAGCAACAUUCAAGCUUCUUCGGCACUUUCACAUUCUCUCGUUCGAAUCUAAGACCUUAACGCGUCUUACUCACAAUAGAGGGGUGGUCGUUGUGAAAGAUCGUUAUGAUGCUCUACUUCGAAUGAUACGGGAAUGGCGAAACAUCACUCUACUCAAACGCUUUGGACGGGGACACGAUCCUGCGGGUGCUGGAGCAACAGAGCAAGGUUCAUGUGCCGUUUUGUGUCCGGCUUGUCCUCAGCCUGGUAAGAAUCUUCCUGAGAACUGGGAGAGUGCCCCGUCAGAAACUCGCUGGUUAUAUGCCUUGUUUCUCGCGAUUGACGCCAACUUCCGUCUGGCACGCAAGAAUGUUUCUUCGGAUCAAAUGGACCCUGGGCUCAACCGUGGCUGGGCGUACUUCGUGGAGGAACGACAGUACAAGUCAUUUCUUACUGAUGUUGGGGGAUGUCCGCAGGAGAAAAGCACAUGCGCAAGCCAUAACGCAGUCAAUUUAGCAGAAACCAAAAACUCUCGGGGCCUCGCAGCCACUGGAGCAGGAACCGUUGACUGCUCGCGACACAAUUUCAAACGGCCCUGUGGUGUCGGUGACUUGCAAAAAGGCGAAAAGUACGUGAACAUGGAUUAUCUCUUCUUUUCGACCAUGCAACACACGGGGGAUAUUGCGGUCCUCAACAUAUCUUAUGACAUCGCUUGUCAAUGGAGCACGAAUCUGUGGCAGCGCAUGCAUCGAUACCCAUCAACGAUCCAUCUCCGCCACCACGACAACAAGACCAUCACGUUUCUUGUGCCAAAAUUCCAUCUUCCUACGCACAUCAAGAUUUGCCAGAUUACUUACUCUCACAACCUCCUCAAAGGCAUGGGCCAGACAGAUGGAGAGGCACCCGAGCGUGGAUGGGCCAACAUCAAUCCAGUUGCUACGAGCACUCGCGAGAUGGGUCCAGGAUCACGGUGCAAUACUCUGGACGACCAUUUCGGUGAUUUUAAUUGGAAGAAGGUCACAAAUAUGGGUGUCAGUCUAUCACGAAAGCUCAAAGCCGCUGUUCCUGAACGCGACCAGCAUGUACGCGAUUUUGAAGACUUCGACAACACACUCCAACACGAGAGACCCAAACAGGUGGCGGAAUGGAGGCUGGCGGUGGAACGAUGGGAAUUGGAUUCGUUGCAAGAGAAUCUGUUCGCACUUACAGGCAAACCACUAACGCAAGCAGCUGUACGACUCAGUCUCUCUCAGCAAGAAGCUGACAACCUCGAGCAUGGUAUGGAUGACUCACUGCAUGAGGAAGUCUCGCGCAGCGUGUUAAUCUCCUCUGGAAUGGAGAUCGAGGAUCAGCAGUGUCGGCUUGCAAGAGAUAUUGAGCUUCUGGGAGGGCACCCAACUGACUUACAGCGCACGAAGCUUCAAGAACGGAGCAACAUUUUACGACGCAAAAUAGAACAAUGGAGCAAGGCCCACGAGAUCGAACUGUGGCUUCCCUCCAAGAUCUACGGAGAUGCAACAGACCCAGUGCAUCAAUGUGAUGCCACGCUGUGCCAGUAUGAGUGGGAGCUUCGCAGGGCCCAGGCAUAUGAUGCGCUGGAUGAGCUCCGACGUCACCUGUGCCUACACGCACAUCUCUACAAAUUUAAAGAUGCCCAUAUUCGUGGCCAGCGAGCUAACACACGCGCGUCAGCUAUCAUUGACAAAGUUGAGUCAAAUGUGUCCAUCGCUGCUGCAAGAUAUCGCAGAGCAUGGUCUGCACUCGAACAUCUCUCCCCUGCUCUGUCUCGCACUACAUGGAAGGAGGAGUUCUCGAAACUGGAGAAUGACGACAUCCGUGGGAUGUCACAAGGCAAGCCAGGCCAAUCGUCUGGCAACCGUACAUUGUCCUGGAUAUGGAAGGCACGCGGCAUAGCUAGUGAUGCUCCUGAAGGGGAGAUGGUGCUCAACGAAUCAUUAAGAAUUGAAUGGUGCAAGUCUCGUGCACGAGCUACGCGUUGGGUCGAGGAGGUGCAACUUCUUCGAGAGGAGAUGAGGCGUGUCGCGGCAUACCUUUUGUGGCAUGCUGCAUGGUGGGAUGCGCAAGCAGAUCGUCGCACAGGGCUCGCGCUUGCAGAGGUUGAAGGUAUCAGAGGAUAUGCAAAGCGUCAGGCAGCUGUGCGGCGGGAUCUCCAUGAUACAUUCCUCUCAAAGUGGGGUGCCGUGAAUGGCAUUUUUUAA